UUUACCAGUAAUUUUUUCUGCCUUCAUCCAAGAAAUCGAAGAUUUCUGUCGUUCCGAAACUCUUGAAAACAUCGACUUCAAAGCAACAGUUCGGAGACGCAACAAGAUGCGAAGUGUGCUAUGCUUCUGAAAACGCUCUUUCGACACUACCAACUAGCAUGGCGAAGAAGAAGAAGCAGGACGCAUUGAAAAAAGCUGCCCUCCAAGCCAGGAAGGAAGCGAAGCAAGASAAGGGGCAGCGAAAACGACUCGCAAAACAACAGAAGAAAUUAUCUGGAGACAAAUCUGAUGAUGUCGAUGAAUCGGCAUCCGAACCUAUCGACAAAGUCAUUCAAAGCUACAGAAGUCACGACAGUAAGAUUUCUGGCAUUGACAAACCGACUUUAGAAAGUUUAGAAGCAGAAUUCCCCCUUCCCCGAGCAAACGCCACUCUUGAAUAUGGAACCGACGACAAGAGUAAGGGAAAAGAUCACUUGUAUUUAUUCGGUGGAGAAUAUUUCGAUGGUAUUGAAAAUAUCGUUCUGGACGAAUUACUGAGAUUUGACACUCAAAAGAAAGAGUGGAGGCAGAUUUUGACACCGUUGCCUCGACCAAGUCCCCGGUGCGCUCAUUCAUGUGUCUCGUACAAAUCUUCCUUGUACGUCUUUGGAGGAGAACUAGCUACUGCUGACCAAUACCAUCAUUAUCGAGAUCUUUGGAAAUUUGAUCUUCGCACGCUAACAUGGAGUGAGAUCAAGGCAAGAAAUCCACCGUCGGCUCGAUCAGGUAUGGGAUGCUUGGUGUGGAAGAAUUAUAUGAUACUUUUUGGCGGAUUUUUUGAAGCAUUGCGCGAGACCAAGUGGUACAACGACGUUCACAUAUUCAAUUUGCAGACAGAAACAUGGAUGGAUGUCCCGCAAUCGCGUUUGGCGAUUAAGCCAGAACCUCGCAGUGCUUGCAAUAUGGCUUUCUAUGGAACCGACAAAAUAGUCGUUCAUGGUGGAUUCUCAAAAGUGAAGGCAUCCAAUGCUGGCGUCGAAGCUAAAACACACACCGAUGCAUGGAUUUUGCACUUGUCGCCGAUCCUUCAACAAAAAMCCCCUACUUGGGAAAGAUGGAUGUCUAGCACCAAAAMAAUAGCUGCUAAUAGCCCAAAUGGACGAGCUGGAAUGUCGUCCCUUUCGUACAAGAACCGCAUGCUCGUGUUCGGAGGCGUCGUGGAUCAUGAAGAGCACAACCACAAAGUAGAUAGCAUCUUUUACAAUGACUUGAUGGCCAUGGAUAUUGAACGUCGAAAGUGGUUUCCAUUGCGCAUCAAUAAGAAUGGAGGGAAAAGAGGUCGACGGCGUCGAAAAGGAAACGAAGGCGACGAGGACCAAAAUGAAGAGAAAGAAUCAAAGCCCGAUGUUGAGGAAAAUGAUAGUAGCAGUGACUCAGAUCUGGAAGAAGAUAUUGUCGAAGGUGAGGAUAACGUGGAUCCAAGCCAUCUUGGAUGGGACAUAAACCAGCUUCGAUCGAAUAUGUUUGCCUUCGUUGACGGCGAUGGGAACAUCAUCUAUGAGAAAAUUGACGACGAAGAGGGGGAGAAAAAAGAACAGAGUAGCGACGGGGAAAACGAAGAAACCAAGGAGGAGAAGGAAGAAGAAAAAGAGGAAGAAGCGGAAGCGGAAGAAUCGAAAGAGGAGGAAAAGGAAAAGGAUUACACCGAGAGCCCAAAAGCGCAAAAUUCAAAGAAAGUAUCAGGGAACUCCAAAAAGAUCACGUCUUCUUCUGUAAUGGUCAUGAACGAAACAAAUAAUGCUCCCGAGGCUGUUCAGAGAGAAGAACCUUUACCCCGAAUCAAUGCCGCCACUGUAGUUCAAGGUAACACGAUGUAUUUGUUAGGAGGAAUUUUGGAGGUUGGAGAUCGUGAAGUGACGCUAGAUGAUAUGUGGGCCAUGGAUCUUCGAAAGAGAGAUAAAUGGGAAUGUCUAUGGCAAGGAACAAUGUACAAGCAGGUUUGGCGUGGUGCUGUGCACGAUGACGACGAGAGCUACAUCAGCACAGGCAUCGAAGAUGGAAGUGACGAUGAAGUUGAUGACAUGAGCGACAUCGAUGGCGAGGAGCGAAAAUUGAGACGGGCCGGUCUUCGUCAAGAAGUUUCUGAACUGAACGAGAAAUACGAUUUGGGCGAUCAGAACCGAACGCCAGAAACAGGCGAAAGCUUAGCCGACUUCUACUCUCGAACAUCGGAAUAUUGGAAUGCGCAGGCUUCCGAACUGCUCUCAGGAAUUGAUUCUGAACCGCUUACAAACAAAGAACUGAAACGUCAAGGAUUUGUCCUAGCGAAAGAAAGGUUUGAAGAUCUUGGUCCUGUGCUCGAACGGUUGGCAGAACUAAAUAUAAUGGGUGGUGAUGAAGUCAAACGUAAGUCGAAAGACUCCAAGAAAAAAGAUAAGAAGGAGAAGAAGGAAAAGAAAAAGAAAAGCAGCAAAUAAUACUACGUAACUAGAUAAAUGAUAAACAAAAAAGUUUCCGAUGAUGAACGAAUGCGCAUUCGUUCCCUACGGUGCACAACGAUUCGGGUCGCGAGGGAACAUAGAAGCUUUUCGUACGUUGUCAAGCCCUAGGUACAAGAAGACAACUCUCUCCAAUCCAAUCCCAGCACCAGCGUGAGGAAAGAUGCCGUCCUUGAACGACUUUUGAUAAGCAUCCAGUGCCUCGCCGGGUUCAAUGCCCUUUUGUUCCAAUAUUUCUGUCAAUAGUUCGGGAUCGUGACAACGCUGGGCACCCGAGCAAAUUUCUUGGCCGCGAAUAAAGAUAUCGUAGGAGUUUGAAAACUUUGGGUCCUCGGCAUCCGGCAUAGUAUAAAAGGGACGGAUUUCCAUCGGGUAUUUGUCGAGCAUGAAGAAGUCAGUGCCAUACUUCUCCUUGACAGCUUCACCGAGAGCGAGUUCCAUUGCUCCCGUGAGGUCACCAUAUCCAUCACCAAUGUCAAACCCCUUUUCUGUCAAAAUUUCCAUGGCCUCUGGCCAAUGCAAGACGCACGGUUCAUCCGUAAAAGUGACAGGCUCUGACGCGUACUGCUCGCGAAUGAUAGCCAAUUCGUUGGCCAAUCUCGAUUCUAAUCCAUUGAAGAUGUGCUUGAACAUUUCGUGAAUGACCUCCAACGUCUCCAUGUAGUGAUCGUUGAUCGCCAUUUCGAGAUCGAGCCCCGUGAAUUCACACAAAUGGCGGCGGGUGUGCGAAUUUUCGGCACGGAAGACAGGACCAAUUUCGAACACUCUUGUCAGAUCCGACGAGAUGGCCAUUUGCUUGAACAGUUGGGGCGAUUGCGCCAAACAGGCUGUCUCUCCGAAGUAAUCCGUCGUAAAUACACCGGCCCCACUCUCACUUUCUCCCGCAAUCAAUUUCGGUGUAUGGAUCUCAACAAAACCUUGCGAAUAGAGGGAUUCUCUGAAAAGUUGACAGACCAUCGAUUGGAUUCUCAUGAUCGCAUUGUUUGCUGGUGCUCGCAAAUCCAUCCAGCGGUUGUCGAGCCGCAAUUCCUGUCCGAGUCGAGGAAAGGGACGGUCUGUCUCUUGGGAAGCAUCCACUUCAGCCUCACUGCGAGACGCAUCCUCGACAAGGAAAGGCAAAAUGGACUGCGCCUUGGCGACGGAAUGAAUGCGCUGAAUCUUGAGCUCCAUGCUCUGCACAGAACAAGACUUCACGUCGGCCGACUCAAGUGUUCCUUCGAUGUCGAUGAUACUUUCCUCCGUCAGCGAUUUGAGGUAUUUGAUCAUUUUUUGGGAUUGUUCAGGAUUCUCCUUGUCUUUGAAAAAGACUGCCUGGACGGUGUGGAAGGAGUCUUGUCGCAAAACCAAAAAACAAGAGCCUCCCUUCACUCGAAUCGAAUGCAAACGUCCCCGCAACCAGAUGGUAUCGCCAGGAGCAUGGGUUUCUCCGUCCAAAUCUUUCACCUUGGCGAAUUCUCGACCUGUGCGACUUCUCGACAUGAUCCGGCUCAUGUCUCCGUACGGCUCGUAUGAGUCUUGCUCUUCGACCGAAAGGUAAUUCACAUCAUCGAUACGCUCGGCUGCUUCCUUUGCGAGACGCUGCGCCUCCUUCUUCGCCUUCUUUUCGGCCUUUUUUCGUUCUUUUUCUGCCUUUCGGGCUUCUCUGGCCGCCUUGAUCUGUGCCUUCUCUUCUUCGGUCUUCUCGGUCUUCUCCCCCGUGUCUGAAGCCGAUGACAUCCAUCGGGACGUUGGUGAUGCAAGGGCGGACGUCCUCCACGGGAGACCCGCAACGCGCUGCRUGCGAGCGCUUCGGGCCGCGGCUUGAAAACCCGCUGCCCGGCGCACAACCGUCGUGGCAAAGCUUCUGCCAAGCGAAAAAGACAUGGCGGGAGCCGGCUUCUGCAAUGCCGUCGCCACGAAAAUUGCUACAACGAGCGAGAACUGAUACUUCGUGGUGAAGGGAAGAAACGUGUUCGUAUUCA